CCUUACGCUCUUCCGGGUUCAUGGUCGGACUUUCAUAUUGCAAUUUGCAAAUGUUACAAGUGUGGAAUUGUGUAUUUCAUGUACUGUGAUUUUUGUUGCACUGUGAUGGAAUUCUGAUAGAAACCUGUGACGCUCUGUUUGAAUACAAACAAUAUCUUUUCUAUGUUCACAGAUGGGUGUUCUCCAAGUCACAAAACAAAUGUUCAAACUUAUGGUGCUGUUGUUUGUUUCAAUACAAAGUUUGACAGUUGCCAUCCAAGAGAAUCACACCACAGUUGAUGACAUCAAGACACAACUUGGUCUUCAAUCUACAAAGGCUCCCGCAUCUCCCGAGCCUAAAAAUUGUCCUGUAAACGGAGGGUUGGUCGCAAUGGCUAUCAUCAUGAGCCUCCUUUUCGGUGCAUGUGCUAUAGGGAAUGUGUAUCAGCUUUACAAGAGACGUCAGCCAAAAAAGACUCGGAGGAACAAAAGUGUUCAAAUCUAAAGAUGGUUGCUUUACAACUAUAACCUGCUGAGAAAAAGAAACAUCACAGAUUCUCUUUCAAGGCGUCGUUGUAAAACAACAGCUUACUAUUACUUUUGGAGCCACCAAACCAGUGCCUUAGCAACAUCACGAUUGGUUUACAUUUGCACCUUUUUGUAACAUUGUAAGCUUUGUUCAGAGAUAAUUCCCGUACUAUUUCUUAAGUACUUUUGACAUUCUGGAAAAAACACUACUGUACUUUCUAAGUCACUUUUAUCUGAAAUAUAUAGGUCGGAAUUUUUUUUAUAAUUUUUAUUUUAUAGGUAAGAUUUUGGGAAACAUUUUGCCAGAAAAUUUUUGUAAAGAAUAACAUUGCAACAAUUUUCUUUUAAAAGAGCAAGUUUUUUAUUAAUUGGUGGUUGACACAACAGAGAGGAAAGAAAUUGGACAAUUUGUUUUUGGACAUCUAUGAUAAUUAUCUGUUUAAUGGACCUACCGUUAUAGCCCUGAAUUGGAAAACCCCUAGGUGUGAUAUUUCUAACAAGACUUUUUUUCAUUUUCCCCCCAAACUUAUUACGAUGUCUUACUAAUACGAGAUCCACAAUGUAAAGAGGUAUUCAUAUUAUGCUACUA